GGGAGGGAAAGGGGGAAAAAUGGCAGCCUCCUUGUGGCUGAUCCACCACUGCAGAGGGACGAUCAACCGCUUGCUGGGCAGGAAUUUAAUGCGAGCGCCCCUCGGUUCCUUAACCCAGGCGAUGGGUUGCAAAUUCCUACAUACGACCCCGGAAACCUUGGGUAUCGCUGCUAUUAAAAUCACUAUGCCUGCUUUAUCACCUACAAUGGAAGAAGGAAAUAUAGUGAAAUGGCUGAAAACAGAAGGAGAAACAGUGAAUGUUGGAGAUGCCCUAUGUGAAAUUGAAACAGAUAAAGCAGUGGUUACAAUGGAAUCAAGUGAAGAUGGCAUAUUAGCUAAAAUAAUGAAGGAAGAGGGAAGUAAAAAUGUGCGCUUGGGUACACUAAUUGGUUUGCUAGUAGAAGAAGGACAAGACUGGAAGCAAGUUGAUAUACCAAGUGAUGUACCCUCUGAGCCUGUGACAUCAUCAGCAUCAACAGCCUCUUCCCCAAGUCUCCCAUUAGCUCAUAAAAUAGAAGAGCACCAAGGAAAAGGAGAGUUUCGCUUAAGCCCUGCUGCCCGUAAUAUUUUGGAGACACACGGACUUGAUGCAAGUCGUUGCACACCCUCGGGACCUCGAGGAAUUUUCACAAAAGAGGAUGCCCUCAAGCUUUUAGAGCAGAAGCAGAAGCCUGUGGAAGCAAAACCCAUUGUUUCUUCACUUCCUCUACACAAAGUUGGAAUGCCUUUGUCUGCACCAUCAGCAAGCGUGCCCAUUAGUGCUUCACGUCCUCCAGUUACCCCUGUCUCUGUUCCUGGCCGGCCAGCUUCCAUGAGCCCGUUCACUGAAAUCCCUGCUAGCGACACAAGAAGAGUUAUUGCUAAGAAACUAACAGAAUCAAAGACCAUGGUACCUCAUGCAUAUGCAUCAGCUGAUUGUGACCUUGGUGCUAUACUAAAUCUAAGGCAAGAGCUGGCAAAAGAUGAUGUUAAAGUAUCUAUAAAUGACUUUAUUAUCAAGGCAACUGCAGUGACCCUGAAACAAAUGCCAGAUGUGAACGUGACCUGGAAUGGAGAAGGCCCCCAGCAGCUGCAAUCAAUAGAUAUUUCUAUAGUUACGGCAACAGACCAAGGUUUUAUUACACCUAUCAUAAAGGAUGCUGCAUCCAAGGGAAUUCAGGAAAUUGCUGCUUCUGCAGAGGCUUUAGCAAAGAAAGCAAGAGAAGGGAAGUUACUUCCAGAAGAAUACCAAGGAGGAUCUUUGAGCAUCUCAGAUCUUGGAAUGUUCGGUAUCAACAGUUUCAUUGGUCUCGUAAUGCCUCCUCAAGCCUGCAUCUUAGCAGUGGGAGGAUCUCGGACAGAACUCACUGUUGUGGAGGAUGAAGAUGGGAAUGAGAAGGUUCAACAACACCAGCUCCUAACGAUAACUCUGUCAAGGGAUGGUCGAGUGAUAGAUGAUGAACUAGCUUCUAAAUUUUUAGACACACUCAAGGCAAACUUGGAGAAUCCAGUGCGUCUUGCUCUGUGUUAAAAGAUAAAGAUUUCAUCCUGUGUUUGACAAAAUAUUGAAACUGAAUUCCAAAAGAAGAUAAAAGACAACUAGGCACAGAAGCUAGGAAAAUAUGUAUAGUGUGACAUGGACAACUUAAACUGCUUAUUUAUUUAAAUAAACUUUAAAAGAUGUUUAAUGAUUUCUAUCUCUUGGCUUUUAUAUGUUGAAGUACUAUUGUGCAUGUAACAUCUACAAAAUUGGUUCAGAGUAGUUUUAGAGUAUAUUCUAAUAUAAAUGGGUAUUGCCUGUGUAUCAUGUAGAACUCUUGGGUAAGACUGAAUAGUACUAAAAGAAAAGAAGACCAUCUUUCCUUCAAGCUAAACUUUUAUCUAGGCUGAAUACAAACCGUCUUUUAAGUCAUACCAAACUGAGAUGGCAAAAUGUAAUUGAUCUGAGUCAAGUGUGUUACUGUUUAAUUUUAAAAAAGCAGUUAGAAUAGGAUUCAGCUAUAAGAGUCUGAGAAUUCUGUAUGAAGAAUUAUCUGCAUACAAAAAAUACAGUGACUAAUAGUGAUAAAUAGUUAUGAGAAGAAAAUGCAGGGUGCCAAAAUUCAAUUACCUAACAAUAUUAAUCAUUAGACUUAAAGUACAUUCUAUAUUCUAUUCCUGUUAAACAUGUUUUCUACCUACAGUUCUUGGCAAUAUGUAUUGUGAGUUUUGAAAACAAUGGUUUCAGAAUAAAAUCUGAACUUAAAUAUU